GCUCGAUCAACCAGUACUUAUAACUUCCGGUGAAGCGCGAUAGAAUUGAGUUCAUUACAACACAGGAAGACUAGAACAAGAAAAAAAACAACCAAUCGUAUACCAUUACCGGCAUAAAAAUUUUCUUUCAUCAAUUCAGCUGCCCUGUGAUCUGUAACAAUAUUGUCUCGAGGAGGCUCUCUGGAGAUCAACUGUCGUCAUCAUCUAUUAUCAUCUCCCUGUUGUCGUAAACCGGUAUUACCCCACAAGUCUCCACAAUGACUGGUACUUCAAAUAAACUGCCCAUGGCCUGAAAGACGAAUUUAAUGGUGGCAUCAUCUGUAACUGUGAUCUCCAGACCUGCGGAAGAAGAAUCCAGAGGUACUAAAACCUCCCUUAUCCAGCUAACCUCAGAAUCAUACCAUAUUAAUAGGUUACUUCCCCGGUCAUCUUCUGAAUCAAGGUUUUCACGAUAUAUUGGAACUGCCUCGGAAGAACUCGCAGUUAUGACAUCCCCCCCGCCAGUGCUAGACAAAUUGUGACAGUAAACUCUG